AUGCAAAAACUGAUUUCUGCUAUAAAAAAUUUGAAUAAUUAAAUUUAAAAGGAGAAAUAUCUAAUAUCCUACAAAGAAAUAAAUCAGACUUAUGGAUAUUUAGAGUAAAUCAAUAAAAAUCAUAAUCAUAAUUUAUAAUUCUUGAUUUAAAAAAGAAUAAUAUAAUUAACAGAAUUGAAGAGACGAUAAAAAUUUAACUGAUUUUUAAUUGUCAGAAGAUGAUUUAUAUAUUGUGAGUGCUUAUAAAGAUUCUCAUAUUAAAGUUUGGGAUAUGAAAACUUAUAAGGUUCUCUUUAAAUAAAAGAUGGACACUAAAGGCCUUUUAGUAAGUUUUUAUGAGAGCACAUUAAAAAUUUGGAAUUUUAAAGCUUUAAGACAAUAAUAGAAUUUUGAAAUGGAUGGACAUAUUGACUCAUUAGAAAAAAUAUUGGCUUCGGCAGAUGGUUUAGUAUUAUGUUCUUAAUCAGAUCGUGAAAUAAAAUUUUGGGAUUUAGAAGAAUUAACAUUGUUAAAUGAAUAUAAUGAUAGUUAUAUAUGGUAUGGUAAUUUUGAUAAUACUGGUACAUAUUUUGCAUUUGAAAGUGAAAUAGGGAUGAUAUUAUUUAAAAUUAUGGGCAAAGUUAUUAUUGAAAAAUUUAUUUUAAAAAGAGAGUAAGCAAGCAAAUACUUUUAUUUUACCUCUGAUUCUUAACAAAUAGUCUAAAAUUUUUUCAGAUCGUAGUAUUUUCUGGAUUUUAAGGAAGCAGAAAAAUUGAAAUGGAAUAAAUUGUUCUCUCAUUUUUAAAAACAAUCCUUCAUAAAAUUCACAAUUGCAGAUAAAUGCAAAUAUGUCAUAGCCCAUAGAAAGUUCAAAAUAUUUGAAGUAGAUUCUAAUAUGAAAUUGAAGCAAAUCCACUUUAAGGGCUCUUUUAAUCAUAAAGUGCUGAAUUUUUGUUUAUCAAAUUGUUUAAACAUGAUUGAAAUACAAUUCGAUUAGCAAGAAAGAUAAAUUGAUUAGGAAGAAAUAUAAUAGGAUUCAGAAGAAAUAUUAUCAAAAGAAAUAUUUAUAUUUUCUCUUUCGUAAAUGGAAGUCUUAAAAAAAAUUGAAUGCAAUUAUUAAAUAAGAUUAUUCUGUUUCUCUUUAAAUGACGAGUUUUUGAUAUUAUUAUGUAGGCAAGAAUAUUUAGUUUUCCAAAUUGUUUACAAUUAAAUUAAUAAAAUAAAAAGAGUAGAGCUUACUUCAGAAUAUGAUUAAAUAUUUCCAUUCCAAGAGAAUUAAUUUAUUUUUUUCUAAAAAUAAGAUAUUCAAUUGUUUUAAAAUUUAGAAUUAUUCAACAACCUUGAAAUUGAGCAUAAUUUGACUGCUUUUUGUACAAAAGAUAAAUUUAUAGCAGUUCCAUCAGAGCCUCAAGAAGCAAUUAAUAUAUAUAAAUUAAAAGGUUUAACUGAAAUUGAGAAGUUAGCUACUGUAUAUCCUGUUUAAGUAAUUAAGAAUCUACAUCAUUGCAAUUCAACAAUUCAGUUUUCCUAAAAUUGUUAAUUCUUAAAUCACUUGGGCAAGACAAAAUCAUAAGAUUAUGGAAUUUAACAAAUACAAAAUCAAUUCAGUUCUUAUUUUUGA